AUGGAGAUUAGCAUUGGAAACGAGCUCAAGGACGCGUUCAAGCCGACGGAGCGGUGGGUCAAGGCCGGGCUGGACUGGAUCGGCGAUCUGGAGGCGUUCUACCGCCAGCGGGCUGUCAUUGAGGCCGAGUAUGCCGAGAAGCUCAAGAGUCUGUGCUCGGAGACGUUCAAGAAGAAGGCCAAGGUUUCUGCCGCUGUGAGCGUCGGGCCGGACCCGCUGAUUACGCCUGGGUCUUUGGAGAGCGCCAGUUUGGUUGCGUGGAACGAGAUCAUCUCGCAGACGGAGCAGCUGGCCAAGGAGCGCGGCGAUCUGGCCAAGCAUUUCGAUAAGCGGGUCGUGGCGACUUUCUCGGAUAUCCAGGCGCGCUACGACGCGAUACGGCAGAGGUGGAAGCAGACGGACGAGGACCUGCAGAGCGUGAGAAACAAGCACUUUGAGGAGGUCACCAAGGCGAAAAAGGAGUACGACAAUGCGUGUCAGGCGAUGGAGAACCAGCGGUCGAAAACAGAAAAAAGCAGCGGGGAGCGGGUGCAGCACAAGUACGAGAAGCGGGAGUUUGAGAUGAACGUGGCGAAAAACAACUAUCUGAUCAAGAUCAACGUCGCGAACCGGCUCAAGGACAAGUACUACUACCAGGACCUGCCCGAGGUUCUGGACGGGCUGCAGGCAUUGAACGAGUCGCGGGUGAACCGUGUGAACGGCCUUUGGCUGACGGCGACUGCUCUGGAGCGGCAGAGUCUGGAAUCCGGCCUCAAGUGUCUGGAGAGCAUGGAGCGCAUGGUGAAGCAGAACCUGCCGAAGCUGGACACGGUGAUGUUUGUGAAGCACAACAUGGGCAACUGGACGGAGCCGGCGGACUUCUACUACGUUCCGUCGAGCAUCUGGCACGACGACGAGUCGAUGAUUACGACGGACCGCGAGCUGGAGGUGUUGAAGCAGAAACUGAGCGAGAGCUCGCGUUUGUACGACAGGUACGAGCGGAUCUGCGCCGAGGAGAAGCAGCAGCUCGCGGAGAACGUGGAGGAGCGGCGGCAGCUGAUGGAGGACGCGUUUUCGGAGGUGAAGGUCAAGUCGAAGGACGAGUAUUACAAGUACGAGAUACUAUUGAGCAAGGGCCUGGCGGAGCUGCACAAGUUUGCGAACGACGACACGAGCCGGGUCACGGCCGAGGUCGAGAUCGAGACGAUCCAGUCGGCGGCCGAGGGCAAGGACCUGACGCUGACGCGGCCGGUCGAGAAGAAGAAGAAGCGCACGCUGGGCUUUUUGCGCAAGAAGACCGCCAACGAGCCCGAGCUCGACGACGUGCAGUCUGUCACCAGCGGGGUGAGCAGGCUGACCACGGCGACGCACGGCAGCACCAAGGGCCGGCUGUUUGGCCAGAUCGGCAGCAUGUUUUCUGGUGGUAGCAGCAGCGCGCCGUCGGCCAAGGCGCUGUAUGCGUACACGGCGGGCGACGCGGACGAGGCCUCCAUCAUGCCGGGCGACGAGCUGCAGGUGCUGGAGGAGGACGCGGGUUCCGGCUGGACGCGCGUGCAGACGCCUGCUGGCGAGACGGGCCUGGUUCCGACGACGUACAUCCAGGUGUCGCAGAGCAAGAAGCAGGGCCCAAAAGUGGCGCCGCGCAAGGGGGCCCGGCGCGUCAAGUAUAUGGAGAUACUGUACGACUAUGAGCCGCAGGGCGACGACGAGCUCGGCGUGGCUGUUGGCGACCGCGUCGCGGUGGUCACCGAGGACCCGGGCACCGGGUGGACAGAGGGCGAGAUCGAAGGUGUCAAGGGCCUGUUUCCAACGAGCUACGGACGGCUCGUCGAGUGA